CAUAUUUUGCACAAUAUGUUGGCCAGAUCAUGCCUGCGCUCGACGCGCUCGUUCGGGGGAGUACGGAAUAAUGCAAUUAACGCUACAAAGCGUGCUGCAUCUACUUCCACUUCCGCCGAAGCCGCUUCCCCCUUCGGUAUCAACAUGGCUGCAGGUGCUGCUACCGCUGUGGCGGCAGGAUCCCUCGCCUGGUACUAUCAUCUUUAUGGCCAGCCAUUAAACGCCAUGACACCGGUUGAAGAAGGGUGA